GACCUCAUCGAUCAAAUCAACUCUGCGGUUUCGCAUGGACCACUCAUUCAUUCUAAUAAAAAGAGAAUAAAAAAAGAAAAAGUAGCUUUAAUGGAACAUGGCGGCAAAGAGGGAUGGUAUGAAGGGGGUAGCAUUUUUGUUGCGGUCUUCCUGGUGGUGGUCGUCUCUGCUUUCAGUAAUUUCAGACAGGAAAUUCAGUUUCACAAGUUAUCGAAGAUAAGUGACAACAUCGAAGUGGAUGUUGUCAGAGACAGUCGCCGGCGACCCAUUUCCAUAUUCGAUCUCGUUGUUGGUGAUGUUGUGUAUUUGAAGAUCGGAGAUCAAAUUCCAGCUGAUGGGUUGUUCUUGACCGGCCAUUCUCUGCAGGUGGACGAGUCAAGCAUGACAGGGGAAAGUGAUCAUGUCGAAGUAGACUCUGUUCGCAACCCGUUCUUGUUAUCCGGAUCGAAGGUGGGUGAUGGGUAUGCCCAAAUGCUGGUGGUGUCUGUCGGAAUGAACACAGCCUGGGGUGAAAUGAUGAGCUCGAUCACCCGUGAUACCAAUGAAAGAACGCCGCUACAAGCUCGGCUGGACAAACUCACUUCCUACAUAGGAAAGGUAGGUCUCUCUGUUGCUUUGCUGGUUCUUGUAGUAAUGUUCAUUCGUUAUUUUACCCGCAAAACAUCGGUGGAUAGUGGAUUUAAGAAAUAUGAGGGUAGCAAAACAAGUGUAGACGACAUCUUAAAUGCGGUGGUGAAGAUAAUUGCUGCUGCAGUAACCAUUGUGGUGGUAGCGAUCCCGGAGGGUCUGCCGUUGGCCGUUACCCUCACCCUUGCUUAUUCCAUGAAGAGGAUGAUGGGUGAUCAAGCAAUGGUUAGGAAGCUUUCUGCUUGUGAAACAAUGGGAUCUGCUACGGUUAUCUGUACGGACAAAACAGGGACCUUGACGUUGAAUCAGAUGAAGGUCACCAAAUUCUGGCUUGGCCAGGAAUGCAUUGCUGAAGAUUCUUUCAAAACAAAUGAAUCGAGAGUUCGGGAAUUGUUCCAUCAGGGAGUUGGUCUGAACACGAUAGGAAGUGUUUCAAACUCCGUAUCUGGGUCUAAACCUGAGAUUUCUGGGAGUCCUACUGAAAAAGCAAUUCUGUCUUGGGCUGUGUCAGAUUUUGGUAUGGAUAUGGAGAAAUUGAAGCAGAAUUACAACAUUCUCCAUGUGGAAACCUUUAAUUCAGAGAAAAAACGAAGUGGGGUUUUGGUUAAGGAAAACGCUGAUAACACCAUUCAUGUCCAUUGGAAAGGUGCUGCAGAGAUGAUACUAGCUAUGUGUUCAAAUUAUUACAAGAGUAAUGGAGAAAUAAGACUGAUGGAAGAAGAUGCAAGGAGCACAAUGGAGAAGAUAAUUGAGGGCAUGGCAGCUAGUAGCCUUAGAUGCAUUGCUUUUGCUCACAAGCAAGCUCUAGAAGAAGAAAGAGAAGGCAAUGAUGACCAAGGAAACUGUGGCAGAAGGAUUAAAGAUGAAGGAUUAACCCUCCUAGGGAUAGUUGGCCUUAAGGAUCCAUGUCGGCCAGACGUCAAAAAGGCAGUGAAGGAUUGUAAAUCAGCAGGGGUGAAAAUAAAAAUGAUCACCGGAGAUAAUGUUUUCACUGCAAAAGCUAUAGCCACAGAAUGUGGAAUUUUAGGAGCGGAUUAUAAGGGAGAAGAAGUUGUAGAAGGGGUUGAAUUCCGAAACUACACACCUGAGCAGAGAAAGGAGAAGGUCGAUAAGAUCAAGGUGAUGGCGAGGUCGUCUCCCUUCGACAAGCUUUUGAUGGUACAAUGCUUGAAACAGAAGGGUCAUGUGGUUGCAGUCACGGGUGAUGGCACCAAUGAUGCUCCUGCUCUGAAAGAAGCUGAUAUAGGUCUUUCUAUGGGCAUUCAGGGUACUGAAGUAGCCAAGGAGAGCUCUGAUAUUGUUAUAUUGGACGAUAACUUCGAGACUGUUGUCACGGUUUUGAAAUGGGGAAGAUGCUUCAUUCCAGUUUCACACAAACCAUUCUUUAGUUACAUCAAAAGGUUCCGGCACAUAUUCACCGUGUUUAGGGUAGUCAUCUAUCACAAAAGGCAGACUAACAGGAGUGAUCUGGAGUUCUAGAAGAAAUUCAACCAACCCAAGCCAGACUAUACCUAUCCUCUCGUCUCAACCUGGAGAGGAUUCAGUCACUGUUAAUUUGCAGAAGAGUUUGGAACCCAAUUUCACCUAGCAAGGUAUGUACAUUUACAUGACAGUUUUGAUCCAAGAUAGGAUUCCCUCUAAAGCUAAUUUAUUGAAAAGGGGUAUUUUAAGUGAUCUUAAUUUGACUUGGCAUGGAAGAUGCAAAAUACCUAUUAUUGCAUUGUGUUACUUCUUCUAGAUUAUGGAGCAAGUGCCUCGGAUGGUGGAAUUUGGUCUAUGCAAUGACCGGAGUUAUUCGGAGGCUUUUAAUCAGAUGAUGAGAUGUUUUUUGGUUUACUUGUUGUCUGAACAAUGUCGCUACCUAGAAAUGAGAAGGUGUUUGAAAAUAGCUCAGAUCUUUUAACUCCAUUGACAGCAAGAUGGAUUCUUCUGCUUUUCUAGUUCGCAGAUUGGACUCUUUCUCCAGCGCUGUGUUUGGAAUCGGUUUUAGAAGGAACAGAGUGUAAACGCAUUUGAUAAAUAUCAAAGAUCAUCAGGUUUAAAUGCUGUCCGUGAUUCAAGGCAACAUGAUUCAAGCAAGGCAUCAAGUUUAAAUGGGGUUCAAAGAUCAUCAAGCUUAAAUGAUGUCCAUGAUUCAAGCAAGGCAUUUGAUUUUCAAAAUCACAGCAAAUCAGAAUUAAUUGACUCCAGCAAGAAUCCAGCAACUAAUCUCCAAGAUAACAGGAAGAUGCAAUCAACCAUUAAGGCUUCAAAUCAGUGAUUUUAACCAACGGCUAUUUCUGCAAUUAUUGUAAUUAAUAUUCAAAUUUCAUCCUGUAAUUAUAUAUAAAUGGAAAACUACAAC